AGCCUUGCGUUACAUCCAGACAGAACUCUUGUCGCAACAGGACAGGUUGGGAAGGAUCCUUACAUCUGUAUAUGGGAUUCCUACACAGUACAGACCAUCUCCAUCCUGAAAGAUGUGCACACGCAUGGAGUGGCCGGCCUGGCAUUUGAUUCAGAUGGACAGCGCCUCGCCUCUGUUGGACUGGAUGCCAAAAACACCAUCUGCAUUUGGGAUUGGCAGAAAGGCAAAAUUCUGGCUACAGCGACUGGCCAUUCAGACAGGAUAUUUGAUAUCUCCUGGGAUCCAUAUCAACCCAACAGAUUGGUCAGCUGUGGAGUAAAACACAUAAAGUUCUGGACGCUAUGUGGAAAUGCACUAACAGCCAAAAGGGGGAUUUUUGGGAAAACUGGGGACUUACAGACGAUCUUGUGCUUAGCAUGUGCAAGAGAUGAUAUCACUUACUCAGGUGCUUUAAACGGAGACAUAUAUGUAUGGAAGGGCCUCAACUUAGUCCGCACCAUUCAA